AUGUCUUUCAUCAUGCUCAUCAACUUCUAUAUCUAUGUUAAGAAGUAUCUGAAGCUCUGGCUCUUGAAUAUCACCUACUGUCUGGAUUCUAUCACUCCUGCACUUGCUCCUGCGCCGUCCGUUGUCGACUCGCGCAAAUUCCCUGCACUGUACUCGCACGAAUUUCAGGCUGACAUCAAUACCCCGCCUGUCUAA